GUUUAUUGUGUUUCGCACCGACAGCUGCUCCGGCUAUUAGUCCCUUCAUGUUCUCCGAUAACUUAGAGGAAGGCAUGAGAAGUUCGGCCGUUUGUUCCGUUAUAUCGGGCGAGCCUCCGAUAACCAUCCGAUGGUUAAAAGACGGCAAAUCGUUGUCCCAAAUGGACGCUGAAAUACAAAUCAUGUCAAUCAAUGAAUUCAUAUCAUCGCUAAUCAUAUCAAACAUAUCGCGCUAUCAUAAGGGGAACUAUACAUGUGUGGCCUCUUCAGACGUGGCCACCACUAACUUCACUGCCGUAAUGGCCGUCCGGGCGGCUCCCGUAUGGAUCGUCAAACCGGCCGAUCGUCACGCCAUCACAGGUCAGUCGAUACUGUUUGACUGUCAGUCCAACGGUUAUCCACAACCGGUGACGCGUUGGAAGUUUAUACGUGUCGGUCAAAUGUCGGGCAUCGGCGGAGGGCCAGCGGCCAAAGGCUCGGACGCGGUGUCCAUUUUAAGUAGCCCUCAGAUUCAUGUGUUGGAAAACGGAUCGCUGACCAUACGGUCAUUGGAGCCCCAGUUUCAGGGCCUGUAUAUAUGCGACGCCUCCAACGGCGUGGGCCGACCCCUGGAGACCAGUGCCAAACUCUUUGUCCACUCUGUGCCACAAAUGCAAAUCAUGCAAAAACAGAUAACAGUGCGGCGGUCGGCUCAGGUGCAGUUCCAGUGCACGGGCGCCGGCACAGCGCCCCUCACCAUACAGUGGCUUAAAAACGGUGUUCCCCUCCAGACUAUAGACCGGUAUAUCGUUCGCGAAGAAUAUCAGAAGACUUUGGGCGCCGAGAAGUCGUCGCAUAUAGUGAUCAACAACUCUGUCCGCAACGAUAGCGGCGUUUUCACGUGUGUGGCCAGCAAUCAAUACGGCAGCGAAUCGCAGGACAUUAAAGUUGUGGUACAGGAGCCGCCCGACCCGCCUACUAGUCUACACGCUCUGGAGGUCGGCGCCCGAUCUCUCGUCCUC